UUUUCUCCUCCUCUUUCCUCUCCUGCUUCUGCACUUAACUGCCACAAGCGUUUUCAGCAGGAGAGCAUUCCCCUCACAUCCAUACAAAGAAACGCACCAACCCAUUAUCUAUCAUGCCUGCACUUGCUGUAACUGAAACAAUGGUCUCCGAAGUAUCCCAGAAGAAAAUGAAGAAGACCCCCAAAUCUCCCGCCGACACCCAUGAUUUAGAAACUCCUGCUGAUAAGAAAAGCAAAGAAAAAAAGUCGAAAAAGACCAAGAUUGAUUCUGGGUCUGAUUCAGAGGAGCUGAAGAAGAGCAAAAAGAAAGAGAAAAAGCGAAAAGCUUUGGACUUUGAUGAUGAGGAAGAGCAGAAGAGUGAAACGAGCUCCGAGAUAUGCGAGCCGAUAGAUGAGAAGAAUAGGAAGAAGAAUAAGAACGCUAAAUUGGAGGAGGAAGAAGUGGUUGUUGAGAAGAAAGUGGAGGAUCCUAAUGUGUUGUCUAAUUUUAGGAUUUCAAAGCCUUUAAGAGAGGCUUUGAAUGCUAAAGGAAUAGAAGCACUUUUCCCUAUUCAAGCUAUGACUUUUGAUGAUAUUCUUGAUGGGUCGGAUUUGGUUGGACGAGCUCGUACUGGUCAGGGUAAAACACUGGCAUUUGUUUUGCCCAUAUUAGAGUCCCUAACAAAUGGUCCUACUAAAGCAUUGCGAAAAACAGGAUAUGGGAAGGCUCCAAGUGUUCUGGUGCUUUUACCUACUAGGGAAUUGGCACUUCAGGUGUUUGCGGACUUUGAAGUUUAUGGCCGGGCUAUGGGGCUCACUUCAUGCUGUUUGUAUGGAAAUUCUCCCAUGGGAGCACAACAGGUUCAACUAAAAAGAGGAGUUGAUAUUGUAGUUGGUACUCCCGGAAGAAUUAAGGACCACAUUGAAAGGGGAAAUCUUGAUUUCAGGUCUUUAAAGUUUCGUGUUCUUGAUGAAGUCGAUGAAAUGUUAAAAAUUGGUUUUGUAGAUGAUGUCGAACUUAUUUUAGGCAAGGUUGAAGAUGCAAGCCAAGUUCAAACAAUUCUUUUCAGUGCCACUUUGCCAGACUGGGUGAAGCAUAUUGCUUCUAAGUUUCUGAAACCUGAUAAGAAAACGGUUGACCUUGUUGGUAAUGAGAAAAUGAAGGCCAGUAAAAAUGUGAGGCAUAUUAUUAUUCCAUGCUCUAGUUCUGCAAGAUCUCAGCUGAUUCCUGAUAUCAUUCGGUGCUACAGCAGUGGAGGCCGCACUAUAAUUUUUACUGAGACAAGGGGGUAUGCUUCAGAGCUAGCUGGCUUGUUGCCUGGGGCAAGUGCUUUGCAUGGGGAGAUACAACAGUCACAGCGUGAGGUUACACUUAAAGGAUUCAGAUCAGGAAAAUUCAUGACAUUAGUGGCCACAAAUGUGGCUGCCCGUGGAUUGGAUAUUGACAAUGUUCAGUUAAUCAUCCAGUGCGAAGCGACUAGUGAUGUUGAAGCAUAUAUUCAUCGAUCUGGGAGGACAGGACGGGCAGGAAAUACUGGUGUUGCUGUACUUCUGUAUGAUCCAAGGAAGUCCAACAUCUCUAGAAUUGAAAGAGAAUCUGGUGUGAAGUUUGAGCAUUUGUCUGCUCCACAGCCAGCUGAUGUUGCUAAAGCAGCUGGGAAAGAAGCUGCUGAUAUAAUUGCUGAAAUCUCCGAUAGUGUCAUACCCGCAUUUAAGGCUGCUGCGGAGGAGCUUCUGAAUACUUCCGACCUAUCACCAGCAGAGUUGCUUGCGAAAGCUCUUGCCAAGGCUGCUGGGUAUUCUGAGAUCAAGACUCGGUCGCUUCUUACUUCUAUGGAGAACUGUGUUACUCUGCUUCUUGAGUGUGGGAGGCCCAUAUUCUCACCUUCCUUUGUCUAUAGUGUCUUGAGGAGGUUCCUACCUGGGGAGAAGGUUGAAUCAAUCAACGGUCUUACUUUGACGGCCGAUGGAAAGGGGGCAGUUUUUGAUGUAUCUGCUGAGGACUUGGACCAAUUUCUUGCAGGCCAAAAAACUGCACAUGGCGUAAAUUUAGAGGUAGUGGAAGCGUUGCCUCAGUUGCAAGAGAGAGAGAAGCCAAGAGGUGGAAGAUUUGGAGGUGGUGGUCGUGGUGGCUUCUCUAACAGAAGAGGCGGAGGUGGCUUUUCUGGAGGAAGAGGGGGAAGAGGUAAUGGUAACUUUGGUCGCAGAUGGUAAGGAAUGAAUGCUGACACAAUUUUUUUGACAGCUGACAAUACAAGAUUUUGUCCAGUUGCAUUCAAAAUUUUGGUAUAGCGAAGAAAAUGUAAUCAGAUUUCAUUAAGGUUUCUUGCUAUGUAUUAAUUAAAUUUAUAUAGGUUUCGCCUCCCUGUACCUCUGCUUCAUUCAGUUUUUCGCUUGUUGGUUGGACAUUUCAAGUUAUUGGAUGACCAUUUAGUUUUGCGUGUA